CCAGCAGGAGUUCUCGCCGGUAAUCUGCAGCGUGUGACGCCGCCCCGACGAAGCCAGCGGCGAUUGCAAUGUCCAGAUACGCGUUGCGGCGCAUGGCGCCGUUACUUCACGGCCGGAUGCAGCUUCGACGGCACCAGAUGUCGCUGAGCUCCGCUGCGGAGGAACCCUUGCCUGACGCCGUCCACAUGACGGGGAAUUGCAUCCGAAGAUUGAAGGAGUUGCAUACGAAAGAUUCGUCGAACGAAGGCAAGAUGCUGCGAUUGGGCGUGGAAACUGGUGGAUGCUCUGGGUUCCAGUAUGUCUUUUGCAUGGAUGACAAGAAAAACGCAGAUGAUAGGGUUUUUGAGAAGGAUGGUGUGAAGUUGGUGGUGGACAACAUCUCCUAUGACUUUGUCAAAGGUUCCACUGUUGAUUAUGUCGAGGAAUUGAUCCGUUCAGCAUUCCAGGUGGUAACAAAUCCAAGUGCAGUGGGGGGGUGCAGUUGUAAAAGCUCCUUUAUGGUCAAAUGACUGGCGUUCCUCGAAGUUCCAGUGAUCGAGCACAUUAUUUAGGACAUGGGUGGUACCAUAUGCACCCUCCAAAUAUGAAGACUACUUGUUCAUGGUCAUUACAAAUUUUGGUUUUCAUUCUUUUCUUUGAUAACUGAUCUCGAAUAUUACUGAGCAGUCAACAACAUAUACUGGUCUAUUUUUGUGAUAUAUGUUUGCAGACAGUAGAGCUGUAUGUAUCUGAUGCAUAUGGCACUGUUUACUUUGUUUUUGUUGUAAUAAGUCUGUGGUUCCAACACCCAUUCUGCAAUACAAUAUCCACCGUCCACUUUAAAA